AUGCUUCAGAAUUCAGGUCAAGCAUCUGUCUUUUUUUCCUGCUGCGACGUCCAUCCAGCAAGAGGCCACGGUUUGCCUUCUUCAGAGAGAGCGCUCGGAACUAACCCUCCUCUGCACCUACCGGGUCAGUGCAGAGGGCGGGAAGCUCGAAAACCUGACACCCGGGGAACGCCGAAAGUAAAACCGCCUUUACAGAAGCGCUUCAGUAUCCAACAUGUUUAUGGAGCUCAGCAUCCACCUUUCGAUCCAUUAUUGCAUGGAACCUUGAUAAAAACAGGUUCAAAACCACCUACUACUCCAGUGAAGCUAAAGAAAGUCAGCACCUUCCAAGAAUUUGAAAGUAACACAAGCGAUGCUUGGGAUCUUGGGGAUGAUGAUGAUGAACUCCUAGCAAUAGCUGCUGAAAACUUAAAUACUGAAGUGGUCAUGGAAACAGCUCACAAAGUAAUUCAGAAUCACAGCAAAUUACAAGAACAGCAUAAAUUGCAGGAGGAACAGCUACAGGAAGAAAAACAAGUAGAAUCUGCAGAGCUAUCUUCAAUUGCAUAUGGUGAUAAUAGGCUUGUUAAAUCAGUCAGUGAAGGUCAUACAUCAAGUUCAUCAGAUAAUGCUAGUGAAAAUUCUUCCAUGCAGAGAUCACAGUCCCUUCCACAAACUUCCACACCUCCCUUGGUGAGUGGAAUGACAGACCAUAAUACUUCAGUUACUCCUGCAUUAACUGAAAGAGAAGCAUCCCGAUUAGACAAAUUUAAGCAGCUGCUUGCUGGCCCUAACACAGAUCUUGAAGAAUUACGGAAGCUGAGUUGGUCUGGAAUUCCCAAACAAGUUCGUCCAAUUGCGUGGAAGCUGCUUUCGGGUUAUCUUCCUGCAAAUGUGGACCGAAGAGAAAGCACUUUGCAAAGAAAACGGAAAGAAUACUUUGCGUUUGUUGAACAAUACUAUGAUUCCAGAAAUGAUGAAAAUCACCAAGAUACCUAUAGACAGAUUCAUAUAGAUAUCCCACGCAUGAGUCCUGAAGUUUUAAGACUUCAGCCCAAAGUAACAGAGAUCUUUGAACGAAUUUUAUUUAUCUGGGCUAUACGUCAUCCAGCCAGCGGAUAUGUUCAGGGCAUAAAUGAUCUUGUUACUCCUUUUUUUGUAGUCUUCGUUUGUGAGUAUAUAGAAGAAGAAGAAGUGGAAAAUUUUGAUGUUUCCAGUCUGCCUGAAGAAGUGCUGCAGAACAUAGAAGCUGACAGUUUUUGGUGCAUGAGCAAGUUACUUGAUGGCAUUCAGGAUAAUUACACAUUUGCACAGCCAGGAAUUCAAAAGAAAGUGAAAAUGCUGGAAGAACUUGUUAGUCGGAUUGACGAACAAGUUCAUAGGCACUUGGAUCAGCAUGAGGUGAAAUACUUACAAUUCGCUUUCCGUUGGAUGAAUAACUUACUGAUGAGAGAAGUCCCCUUACGGUGUACCAUCAGGCUAUGGGACACGUACCAAUCUGAACCAGAGGGUUUUUCUCACUUCCACUUGUACGUCUGUGCUGCCUUCCUUGUCAGGUGGAGGAAAAAGAUACUGGAAGAGAAAGACUUUCAAGAAUUGCUGAUAUUUUUACAGAAUUUGCCCACAAUACACUGGGGAAACGAAGAAGUUAGUGUACUCCUGGCAGAGGCCUACAGACUAAAGUUUGCAUUUGCGGAUGCCCCCAAUCAUUACAAGAAAUGAAUAUAAAGAACCCAAAACUGUUAAGACUAACAUAUUCUGCAGUAUUAUGGCAUUCAGUUGUUCUGCUUGUGCUUUUGAUUCAUUCUUCUUUCAUUUGAAUUAAGAUGACCAUUAAAAUUCUGUUAAAAUUUACAAAAUGAGAACAGGAUACCAAAGAAAUGGACACAGCAGGAUAUUGAACGCUGAAUGAACUUAGAAGUGAACUUUCUUGCUCAGUGUAAAAAAUGAGUUCAGAUGUCUACUACAUAAUUUCUUCUUUUUUCCCCCUUCUGUAAUUAAGAGAAUUACAGUCUGUAAUUUCUGUCUAGCUGUUGUUAUAUGUACUUGAGACUUAAAAUUUCUUACAGAAUGAUUAUAUGAUUAUUUUAGUGUCAUCUGUAAUAACUUUAUCAGCCAGUAUUGGCUAGUGGUAAGAAUUAUUUAUUUUGAGUGGAAAAAAGGAAUUUCUCAGGCAUGAAGACCAUUUGAGACAGCAAGGCCUGUGUUUUGGGAUCUGAUUAUGUCUCAGAAGACGUAUUCUCAUGCCAUCUUUUCUUUUUUUAUGGAAUGAAGUUAGAUUACUUCUAUAGUAUAUGAAAAUAGAAGGUUGCAAUGGGAAUUGGUGACCAAAUUGGAACAUUUUCUAAACAUUACUAAGUCUGGUAGGAUGCCUCAGAAGCUCUGUUGCCGUACAAAGGAGUUACUUAAAGCUUAAGAUUCAUCUCUAAUUCUAAAAUAAAUCCUUUGGUAUAUAUUUUGGAGAUUUUUUUUUAUAUUGAAUGAAAUAAAAAAUGGGAUCCUGUUAAAAUAAACUUUUUCUUAAUGGCUUUCCAAUUUUUCAGCAUGAAAGUUCACUUUUAAGAGAUUUAUAUUAAGAAGCUUGGUUUAUAAAGCAGGAUGCAUUUUGAUCUCAGUUGUUGCCUUAUUCUCCAUUUCUAGCAUUUUAGAAAAGGAGAAUUAAUACAUCUGUCCUAAGCUUAUUUGUUUAAUAAUUUGUUUAAUAGCUUUUUCUCAUAUUAUUCAGAGGAAAUAAGAAGAUAGUUCCUCAUAACAAUAUCCGUAACUAUAUAGUCAGAUCGCUUGUGUCAUUAGCAGAAUAAAAAUCCUCUAUGACUUUACAGAGUGAAAUUAGUGUUUCUUCAAUAAUCAUGGGAUUCUGAAUAAUUUCUUAAAACUUACAUAAUUUAAGUGCACUAUUUAUUUUCAGGAAAUCUUUUCAGAUAUGUAUUCUGAUGUUGCUCUAUUGGAUGUAAAUAAACUCAUGUUAAUUUGUGCCUACCCUAUAUAUAGGUUAUUAAGGGUGAGAGUUGCAAUAGGCAAUAUACUGGGAGCUCAGAACUGUUAUUCUUCAGUUCAAUUCUGGAGUUGCACAAUGUUGCACCAGAAGUGUAGUGUACUUUUAAGUUUGGGAAAUAAAAGAUCUUCAAGAGGUUUUCUCUUAUGAUAUGUUAUUGGAAGAUUAUUUUCAAGUUCUUAAAAAAUAUGUAUCUACAUAUUUUUUUUAAAAAGCUUUCUAGAUAUAUUAGUUAUAUUACUUGUAUUAGGGGCCUAAGUUCUUGACACCCAAUUUUUAAUAAGUUACUUAGGUGUUUCAGGGUAAAUAGAAUACAUUUUUACCAACAUGUGAUUAUAGGAGAUCUGUAUUUUAAAAUGAUGUCAAAUCAUUAGCAGACUGGAAAAUACUAACUUAAUUCAGAAGCAGGAAGGGUUUGGUGACUAGGAUGUGUUUCUGUUACGCUGAUGUCAGCUGGAGUCGUUAGUUCCAGUGUAUAAAAGUUCAGGCCUCCUAGAUUAUUGCAUUUGUGCCUACAGUGCGUAGUGGCUCUGUGUUUCUUAAAUGUCAGUAUGCUCUUUUCUGUAACUUCAAUUUACGGUCUAAUGUAUCAAGAUUUAUCUUUAUGUUUACAAAGAAUGUCAUAUUGUGCCUAACAGUAUCUACCAAUAACAGAAUAAAAGAAACCUGAAAUUUAUGACCAUUUCCUUUAGUUAAACUUAGUAUCUUCAAUCAUUUGUUAAUAGAAAUGCUUAUUAUUGUGACUAGAGAGAAGACACAUAGCAUUAAAUGUACAAUGUUGUAAGGAAUCUCUGUAAUUUUUUUUUAUUAAUAUGUUACUUAACGUAGCUACAUGUAACAUAAAAAGUUGACCUAGAGUCGUCUGCUGUGUCAGAUGCUUCUGCAUAACAUUUAUUAGACUGGAUACAUGAAGUUUCCUUCACCGGGUCCACUUAAGUUGACUGCCAUGUCUUCCAAACUGAACAGGUACCUCUUACUUCCCUUGGAAGAAAUUAUUACCAUGUUAUCAAAAGAGGUCACAUUUACUACUGUGUCUGUGUCAGAAGUUGAAUAUUGUACUCGAGCACAUUGCUUUUUAAGGAUAGUGGGAAGUUUCCUAAUAUAAUAACAAUGUUUAUUUAUAUAGCUAUAGAAUUUUCUGGGAAAUAUGAUAUAGAUAUAUAAAUAUUAUUUAUAUAUCUAUACAAAUAGGAAUAGUUUUCAGUAAAUAGAAGGCCAACAUUUAUGUAAAAUUUCAAAUUUUCAGUACUUUAAAAUUUACAUAAAAUCAUUUCAUUUUAAUUAAAAAAAUAAAAAAUCUUUAACAGUUCUUCAUCUCAGGUAAAAUGUUAUUCCAAACACAAUAUUACAGAGAAAAGAAUAGAACUUUAUCAUUAUUACAUGCCAUGCACUUAUUUUGUCAAAAUUCAAGAUUCUGAGUAUUAUAAAAUUCCUUUGUAAAAUGUAUUUGCUUAUGAAGGAGGCAUCUUGACACAUCACUAGUGAAUCCAGCGAGUAAUUUCAUAGCCCUGAUGUGAAAUAUUGAAAGUUAUAUUGUCUCAAAUGUGUGUUAAAGAAUUUCUGUAAUAAAAAUUAAAAUAACAAUGUACAAUAUAAACAGAUUUAUGACUACGGUGUUUGAAAAAUGUAAAUAGUAAAUAAAUUAGUCAAAUAUGUAAAUAUAAUACAUGGGAUAGGAUAGAAAUGUAAGUUUGAAAUCUUAUGUAAGUCUGUAAUUCAUUACAAGGAACUAGUCACCUUUUUUGGCUCAGUUUCAUAUAGAAAGACCCACGAAUUUGUUUUUAACUUCAGAACUAUAGAAUGAAAGUAUGCAAAGUUCAGUUGUAAGCUUCUGACAAAUAUUAACACUGAGACACUGGCUAAAACUGUAAAGGCGAUGAAAGAUGAGGAAAUAAAUGCAUAUUUAUGAAGCGCUA